UUGACUUGUCGAGCUGGGUUUUGUCUGUCUUUCAUUACCUUUGACCUGUCAUCUAUACCCAAUUGUCACCUCCGACGAAGCAUCUUGUAUUCUCUGUAUUUUUUUUCUCUGCUUGGUUUCUUUCUUCCUGGCUUUAACUUGCAGUAAACCUUCUUCUUUUGCUACGAUACCUUAGUUCGCGCAAGGAAUCACCCCGCCACUCGUCUACCGGCAUCGACCGUGUGAUCCAGGCUUGCUACCUUUUUGCCCUAUGGAGAUUUGAGAUAUUUUCUUUCAGCCAAGCAACCUGAACUCGAAGCUCUCCAUUAUUCUUUCUGGACUUGUUCGCGGAACCUAAACCAGGACCAUCGCAACAUUGCCUCGAUCUUUUGCACUUCAACACCAAGAACACCUGAACUCUCGCAUUCUUAGGAAGGACAUUCCUUGAGGCGGAGCCCGUGGUCAGGGGCUGCAAAGCAAAAACAAUCAGAUGCCAAACCUAGUUCUAGACUCGCUCGUGCCAGCCUUCCUGAUUGAGCCGGUUCUGCGGCAGGCCCGCCGAUUCUCCCGCGGUAACGCCGCCGUCCCCGGGCCGGAUACUUCAGGCGGUCCCGGAAUCGGCGAAGAUAAUUUGUCUUCUACUUCCACUGCAAUCGCUGAAGAGAUAGAAAUCAUCUCGUCGCCUCUCAGUCCUGCUGCUGCCUCGGGUCGGGUUGCAUCUGCAUCCUUGGCGGUGGCUAACUUCACCCCGCCGCACGUGCAUCCUUGUCAAACAACAUCAUCAUCAUCACUACCACCAACUUCAUCGCCCCUGCUGACGCUACCCACCCUGUCGGAUCUUGCGGAACCGCAAUCUCCUUCGCUCUUUGCCGACGACAACGACAUGAGCAAUUCCACAAACGAUACUAACAACAACCAGACAUGGAGUGAAACAGGCUUGGCUGCGGCCCGGGCACAGGCUUGGGCCGCGACCCCGGCGGCGCCGUCGCCGUCUUCGGCGAGCGAAGAUGACUGGCAUCGGGUCAUGCGCCUCCGGAUCCUGGACGUGCAGUCGCGCGACAUACCCGAGAAGGAAAAGGCCGCGAUGCUGCACAGGUUGUUGACCGAAAACCACCAUCGGCUGCGUCAGCAAAAAAUUUCCAGCGGAGCCGGUGGAAAGGGCCCGAUUCAGAUCGGCACGGAGGGCUCCGCGUCGGCGGAGCAGAAGCAAGGCAGCAGCAGCUACCUGGGCGCGCUCAAGUUUUGGCAGUUGUCGCCCGGCGAGGCAUCCACGGCCACUAAGUUCCUGCUCACCGAGGAGGACAUUGCGCCGACGUUUUGGAAGCCCAAGAACGGAGGCGGGUGCGGCCACAGCAGUCUGAGCGACGACGUGUUUGGGUCGGCGCAGUCAAAGUCGGCGGCGGUCGGGGACGGUAGCAGCGGUGAUCAAGCCGAGCAGCGCCACCUGGGAUGCGAACACUACCGGCGCAACGUCAAGCUGCAGUGCAACAGGUGCUCCAAGUGGUACACCUGCCGGAUUUGCCACAACGACAACGAGGACCACGAGCUGCCGCGGCGCGAGACAAAACAUAUGCUGUGCAUGGCGUGCGGCUACGCGCAAAGGGCUUCGGACGAGUGUGUGAAGUGUGGCCAGCUGGCGGCGAGGUAUUACUGCGACGAGUGCAAGCUCUGGAACGACAACCCGGACGUGAGCACGUACCAUUGCCGCGAGUGUGGCAUCUGUCGGAUCGGGGCCGGGUUGGGCAAGGAUUUUGUCCACUGCAAGGAAUGCGGCAUCUGCAUCGCUAUUGAAACGGAGACGUCUCACCGUUGCCGCUCGGGCGCCAUGGAUUCCAACUGUCCGAUCUGCACCGAGGACCUGUUCACCUCGACGAAGCAAAUAAUUCAUAUCAACCCCUGCCGACACUUGAUCCAUAAGCGAUGCUACGACGAAUACCUCAAAUCCAACUACAAGUGCCCGAUCUGCAGCAAGACAAUGUCCAACAUGGAAAGCCAGUUCCGGAAAAUGGACCAGCACAUUGCGGACCAGCCCAUGCCGGCCGAGUACCGUGACGUGCGUGCCAUUAUCUACUGCAACGACUGCGAGGCCAAGAGCCAGACGCUGUACCACUGGGUCGGCAUGAAGUGCAGCAUCUGUCAGGGCUACAACACCAGGGAGAUCAAGGUCGUCGGCGCCCCCGUCGAGAUGUCGACCGAGGCGGCGCGGCUGCAGGAGGAGAUGACGGGCCAGCAGCCGCCGCUCCAGGGCUCGAUGACCGACGCGGCUCUUGCUGCGGCUAGCCAAGAACGCUCAGAAUCUACUGAAUCUGGCCUGAGGAGAUUAACCGACGCAGAGGAGGCGGUCGUGAGGCAUUGGGCGACCACUACGGAAAGAGACGGUUUGAGCGCACGCGCGCCUCCCCCGUUUUGGCCUCCCAGCUUUGGCAGAGGUGAUGCGCCUGAAGGGAUCAACGGCGACCAGUCGAUUCUCGACCUGCCUUCAAGACUGAUAGAAGCAACAGCGCUGGCCCGAGGCCCAGGGGUGUUUGGGCUGGCGGAUACGCCGGCCGGGCGGCUGUUGGCCAUGGGGUACGCCAGGCACCUGGCUGCGAUGGAUGCAUGGGAGAGGCAUGACUUGGGUGGCCAACGGCCGGCGGGGGCGAGGCCUGUCGGCGGUGAUGGCCGCUCCUUGGCAGUUGGAGCAACUGUGGGACAAGGGGAACGGACGGAUAUCGACUGGGCGCUCGACUGGCUGGGGAGCAUCGGGUUGAGGAGCGACGAGGAAGACGGAGAUGAGUCUGAAGAUGACGAUAGCGACAGCAACGGCGAAGACGAAUACAAGGCUGGGAAUGGGGAUGAGGGGGACGACGACGACGACGACGACGACGACGACGAUAUUGUCUUGAUGGGUCACCGGUAGGUAAAGAGAUGAGAGAGAUAGAUCCUCUAUUCGCUCGUUGGAAUACUGGGAUGUGCGAGGAGUUUAUGGUUUGUGGAUUAGGGGGCCGUGUUUUUGACUCUUUUGCUUUGAUCUUAAUUGUACGAUUUCCUCAGAGUGAUGGGGUUCAGCGAUGGUUCUGUAUCUUUGCAGAAUAGCCUUCUACCCUAUGUGGUUUUAUCCACCUGGGUUGAGAUCCCGUAUACGAAAAAAAACGUGGACACAAAUGGCUGGAUUGAAGAUCGCGUGUCCAUUCCCAGGAGCAGAGAACUGCAUAUACGUCUAAUCUAGUUCUCCGUAUGAAUUGAAAGAAAACAAAAAGUAAGAGAAAACCCUUCCCAAUUACGCCACGCGAAGAUGAAAAUAAAG